AGUAGUUUACACCUGUAAGUAAAGUUAGGUAAAUUAAGCAGUUGAUAAAACAGCAUAAUACUUGUAACUGAUUAAGAUUUGUUCAUUGUAAUGUUACAUUUUUCUGUUGUGUAAGACCUAAUUGGCUUACAGUAUUUUUUUUAAUUGCUUUGGUGCAAUUUUCACAAGCAAUUGGUACAUUUUCAAAACUCUUAGUACUAAUAUCACAACAGAUCAUCAAAAGUGCACUUUUUUCAAACAUUUCAGCAUAUUUUCAAUUGUGUUACUACAAUACUCAAAAUCAUAAAUAACCUUUUUCACUAUACAAAAUAGGCUAAGUGUUUCAUCUAUAUAAAUUUUUCCAUUCAUAGUAACUGCCUUUCAUAAUGCUAUUACUAUCAAACAUUUCAUUUGCAUCUCUUUUCGUUCAGUUUAAUACAUUUGUCUAUUAUUUAAUCCAACUGAUCUUAAUGAUUAAUCAGUUAAUCAUUUGGUACACCUAUAGAUUUCUAUAGAUAUUGAUUCUAUGGGCAUAGUUUCUAUAGAACUUAUUUUCAAUUUCUGAUAUGGAUAAUCAAAUGUAAUGAAUUCUUUUUGCAUUAUGAGAAAUUUAUCUUAGAAGAUAACCACAAUUUUCAAAGUGUGUGUGUGUGUGUGUGGUCUUGGUAAACACUGUGUUGUAAACCAAAUGUCCCAACAAGUAUGGUAAUACCAGUAAUUUUAGACUUUGUUUGGCCUUGUAUUUUACAAGACAGAAUAAAAGGAAAAAGAAAUAGUCACUAACUGUACAGUAUUACAUCAGAUUGAUCAGAGAUGCAUGGAAGAAGGGAGGCAGAUGGCAUCAUUUUGCAUUAUAGAAUGCCACGUGAUACUGUAAAAAGAGGUUUUACCAUGGUAUAGAGACUGCCACAUUACUAUAACUCACCCUUAUAAAGGUCAACUACAGUAUGGAUUCAGUCAUAUGGUACAGUGACAACAUUUACUGUAUUGGCAGCAAACUCUGUUCUACUGUAAAAACCUUAUGACUGUGUCAUACUUUACUCCUUUUUUCAUAACGGACUGAAUAAAUAAUAUUACAAGUGUAUUUUGUAAUUGUGGCAUCUGUAGCCUGCAUAGAUAUUUCAGCAACAAGGGUUAUUUGAAACAUGUAUCUUGCAUUGUUUGCUAUUGAAUUAACUGAAUGUUAAAAGUACUAAACUGAAAGAAGAUCAUACUGUUGUGUUUCUGUGAUUAAACCAAAUGUUCUCUUUACAUAUCACAAUGAUCUUGUGUUUUGAAACAGUGAUUAUGUCAAAUGAAAAUUUGUACAACUAGAACGAAAGCAUGAGGUUUUGAAAGAAUGACUAGCUGUGUUACAAGUGUGAUCAGUUUGAAGUUUUGCACUAAGAGUUUAGAAAAUAUACACCUUCCUUGUGAAAAUAGGACCAAAGCAAAUAAUAAUAAAAAAAAUAAUAAUACACAUUAAUAAAGAAAACUACAAGGUUAAUAAUAAACCAGCUUGUACAAAAUUUGUUUGCAUAAUUUAACAUUAACCACACAGAAAUUCUAAGAAUGUUUAACCAAAUGCCCAGUGCAAAUGUAUUACAGCCAAGUGUUUGUGUUAUUGUAGGGUCAGAUGAAGACACUGAAAACUUAUAAAGCUAAGAGCAGCAAAUGGCAGCCUGUUUACUGGCCGGAGAAAUGCAGCCAAACUGGCAUGGGAGACAGUUGUCAAAGAAAUGAUGCUGGAUGGAAAGGUGACAGGUGCCCAGGCUUCAAAAAAAUGGGAAAAUUUAAAGAAAAAAUAUAAGGAGCUCCGGAACCCACCAACUGGCACUGGAACAGAUCAGGGGGAACCCAGUGCCUGCACGUGGAAGUGGUUUACUUUAAUGCAUUCCACUAUUGGAGCAAGGGCCAGCAUUACUCCCCCUGUUUUAAUUUCAUCUGCUGUGCCAACCCCUUCAAAUUCAUCUAACCAGCCAGUGCCAUCCUCUCACAUACCAGAUCCACCUUCACCUGUGGCCCCAGAAUCUCCAACCCACACACAGCCAUCAACAGCAGCCAUCAUUACUAGUAGCCAACCCCACCCACAGCCAUCAACAUCAUCAGCCUCUGUCACACCAGCCACUGCUCUCUCGCCUGCCUCCCCAUCUGAUUCCUCUGGCAACAGCCCCAAAACCCCCACACCAAAAAGACGAAGGAAAGACCCUUUGCUUAAUUUUAUGCAGAGGGAGGCAGACAGCGAUGCACAGAGGUUUCAGCAUCUACAAUCUCAGACUGACCGCCUCCUAGACAUUCUAGAGAAGCUGGCUGACAGUUCUAAGCACUAGCAAUGCAAUAUUAAAAAAAAGAAUAAGAAUUGUUCCUGUUACACAGUAUCUGCAUAAUAUUUAGUUUUUAUUAAUUGAUUUGUUGCCAUAUUUUCAUAAAAAGGAGAUUUAAAAUGUGUUCUUAAAAUGUGUAAGAAUUACAGUUCUUAUUGACAAGAGAAAAAAUUAAGUGCAUUAUUUCAGUUUAAUAUGGCACAUUUACAUUGUGACUUUACAUAGCAUGUUUUCUUGACUUGGCAAAAAAAAAUUACAAGAAAUAUUUUGAAUUCAUUUCGCUGUUUACACUGCAAAGUCCUUAAAUAAAAAGAACACAUCAAAAAAAUGUUAUGAAAGAAAUGUUUGCUGCCUACAAGUAAUUGUGGUCAUGUAGUUGGGUCCUGGGUGCCGAAAUCUGGCGAGCAAGUGUGUUCCUCGGAGCUGCUCCACUCAGGUCUCCAGGGCCCAUUUAAGGAAAUGAUCACACGUCAUUUUCUGCUGCCUCAGGUUCAGGAUCCUCCACGUCCCCAACCCCAAGGCAUAUAUUAUGCAAUACUGUACAAGAUGUGAUGAUGUCAGGGACAAAAUGGGAGUCAACUUCAAGGGCCUUAAAGAAGAUACUACGCCACCUUUUCUUCAUUAUCCCGAAUGCUCUCUCAAUUACACACCUGGCUUUUGAAACAUGGGCAUUAAAACGUCCCUCAAUGGCGUCCCUCACAGGUUCUUUAAAUGGUGUUAUAAUGCAUAUGGGAUGUUCAAUGCAUGGGUAACCGCCAUCACCUAUAAUAAAAUAUCCUGCUGGUGGAUAGAGAGCUUCUGUGUAUACUGGACUGUUUUUCAGUACUCUUGUGUCGUGGACUGAUCCUGGAUACCCAACAAAAGUGUCCAGAAAAAUUCCAUUGCUGUCACAUAUGGCCUGUAAUUGAACAGAAUAAAAGAGCUUUCGAUUGAAGUAAUCCUGUGCAUCUGGUCCUACAGGUUUUUUUAUUCUAACAUGGCACCCAUCAAUGGCACCCACACACUUUUUGAAGAAAUGGCUAUGGGCCAGUUUGGC